UAAAUGAUACUUUUGUAUAACAGUGUUGGCAUCAACCCUCUUUAGCGGUGAAAAGAGACUAGUAAAUCUCUAGUUAAAUCUAAAUCAAUCUUUAUUUGUUACAGAAUUUCCAAACUUCAUUUUGAUUACAUAAUUAUCAACUUUACACAAGAAACAUGACUGAAAAUGAAGCUGAACUUUUGGAUUAUGAAGAUGAAGAAGAACAAGAACAAACUGCUCCAGAAGCAGCCAUUGAAACCAAAAAGCCUGCAGGUGGCUAUGUAUCAAUUCAUAGUUCCGGUUUCAGAGAUUUCUUGUUAAAGCCAGAACUUCUAAGAGCAAUUGUAGAUUGUGGUUUUGAACAUCCAUCAGAAGUUCAACACGAAUGUAUUCCACAAGCAAUCUUGGGCAUGGAUAUAUUAUGUCAAGCCAAAUCAGGAAUGGGUAAAACUGCUGUUUUUGUUUUGGCUACAUUACAGCAGCUGGAUCCUGUUGAUAACCAGGUGUCUGUUCUUGUUAUGUGUCACACCAGAGAAUUGGCAUUCCAGAUUUCUAAAGAAUACGAAAGAUUCUCUAAAUAUAUGCCAACUAUAAAAGUGAGCGUAUUUUUCGGGGGAAUGACCAUAACAAAUGAUGAAAAAAUUCUGAAAUCCAAUUGUCCACACAUUGUUGUUGGUACUCCAGGACGUAUAUUGGCCCUUGUGAAGUCCAAGAAGUUGAACCUUCGUCACAUUAAACAUUUUGUGUUGGAUGAAUGUGAUAAAAUGCUAGAAGCUCUAGAUAUGCGUCGAGAUGUUCAAGAAAUAUUUCGCAGCACUCCACAUGAAAAGCAAGUGAUGAUGUUUAGCGCUACCCUAAGUAAAGAAAUUAGACCUGUCUGCAAAAAGUUUAUGCAAGAUCCCAUGGAAGUAUAUGUUGAUGAUGAAGCUAAAUUAACUCUUCAUGGACUGCAGCAGUAUUAUGUGAAACUUAAGGAUAAUGAAAAAAAUAGAAAGCUUUUUGAGCUUCUUGAUCUUCUAGAAUUUAACCAGGUUGUCAUAUUUGUUAGAACUGUUCCAAGAUGUAUGGCACUUGCUCAACUAUUAGUUGAACAAAACUUCCCUGCUAUUGCAAUUCAUAGAGCAAUGACGCAAGAGGACAGAUUGUCAAGGUAUCAACAGUUCAAAGAUUUCCACAAGCGCAUAUUAGUUGCUACUAAUUUAUUUGGCAGAGGUAUGGAUAUUGAAAGAGUCAACAUUGUAUUUAAUUAUGAUAUGCCAGAAGAUUCAGAUACAUAUCUGCACAGAGUUGCUCGUGCUGGACGUUUUGGAACUAAAGGUUUGGCUAUCACUUUUGUAUCAGAUGAAGGUGACGCAAAAACUCUAAAUGAAGUUCAAGAAAGAUUUGAUGUUAAUAUAUCUGAACUACCAGAAGAAAUUGACAUCUCUUCAUAUAUUGAAGGACGAUGAAUUGGUUUAGGGAUACUUACCCUACAAUAAUAAACUUUCGUUAUUCAAGCAGUGUACAUAAUCAUCCAUUAAAAAAAUGAGCUGCAUGAGUUGUGCUGUAUGCUUUUAAGAUACUGGACAUCUUAUUCACAUAUUCAAAUAAAAUAUUGUUCAUUCAGAAGUUGUUUAUAAGAGACAGAAGCAUUGUUUUAAUGCAUCUUGUGAUUUUUAAACACAAUCGUGAAAUGUAGUGUAAUAGAUAAAUUCUCUUUAAUAAAUAAAAGAGAUGCUGCUUUACAUGUUAUCUGCACAAUGACCUGUUUCGAUACCUUUUCAUUUUAACCUUGAAUGUGCAUUGACUAGUAUUGUACAAUUAACUCCCACGAUUUAAGCAGUGUAUAUAACAUCAAUAAAUAUGUCCUACAUAUUUUGUGU